CCAACUAAUUUUACUCCAUGAUGGUUCUUUCUCUUUUAUUUUCUCUGGUUGUGUCUCUGCACCAAACUCAAAUUGUACUUUACAUAUUCACACGUAGCAUGAUUUAUGAUUCUACCUUGAUAAUUAAGGCUAACCAAGAAACUACUAGCAUCAUUUUUCAGCCACUUCAAAUUUCAUAUUUUAUAAUAGAGCUUUCUUAAGUGCGAUUUACUAAUACUUUCUUGCAUCUCCUUAAUUAGUACUAUUAUCAAGUCACUAAUGAGUAAAGACAUGAAGGAACGGCGUGAGAGAUGGAUAAUUCUUCCCUUUUCCUUCGGUUGCUCUUCUCGUUCAAGCGUUGCUGUUGGGUCUCCAAGUCCUCCUAACGGUGCUGUUCUAAAUAGUAGACAAGGCAAGCAAAAUGAUUUACCCAUCACCAAGAAAACCAUGAACUCGAUUAGCUUCAAGCUUCCGAAGUCCAAAUUAUCCCAAGGAAUUAGAAGAUUAAUCAGAAGUUUGAAGACUGUUUCUCAAUUCUUUGUAUACAAGGAGGAGAUGGAUGUCGAAGAAGAGAAAGAACUGGAGAUAGGCUUUCCAACAGAUGUAAAGCAUCUAACACACAUAGGAUGGGAUGGUUCUACUACAGUUUCUAAUGACGCGAAAGGCUGGGAAAAUUUGACCCCUUCAGAAAUCAUCUCUUUCCCAUCAAUUUCAUUGAAACAAUUCGAGGUUGCAAUGGCUGAGCAAGCUGCUGCUGCAGGUGUUGCUGUUGGAGAAAAACCUGUUUGAUAUAUCAGUCAUUCCCUAUGGGAAGAAAAAUACCUGCCUUUCUUUUCUGUUUAAUCAUAGGCUUAUUGAUUUGUUUUUAAUGCUACAUGUAUCAUGUAUGUGAUAGAAACAGAAAUUCAUAACUCAGUUUGAUUAACUAGUAUGGAUUUCAACUAAUUUAGCUCAUUAAAUCGUCCGAAAGAUUGUAUGUAAUACUGAGUUUUGGAACUUAUCAAUCUUACAGUCCAAAUUCUAGAUUCA